AUGAAGUCGGUGAGGCCCGUGACCAUGCAUGUGGAUCGGGCAAAGGAAUUGUAUGGGGACCUGGUCGCCACCAGUUUUAUGGUGAAACGGGACGAGUUGGCAUGGAGCGUGCUUGCGGGAUUGCCCGAGACGUUCAGUUCCCUAAGAACAAUACUAGAAACUUCUGAGAGCGCAAUAAACUUGGUGGAUGCAAUUCUGCCGAAGCUCUUGCUGCUGAGCAAGGGAUUGCGGAUUAGCCUAAAGGAAAGGGCGGCGAACGUGAUGAGCGUCUCGGGCUUGCGGCAACCUGAUCUCGUCAGCAAGCUCUCGGUUGUAGUCCCCAUGAAGCAGAAGAGCGAGGUGUUCAAGGCGAAGAAGCACGUGAUUGACCGACCAUCUUCCCCAAUUGCAAAGGGGAAGAAGCUCAGGCCAACGCGUACGGAUCGGGGGAAGGAGUACGUAAGCAGGGGCCUCAAAGACGUGUUCGGGGGCAAGGGGACGGUGCACGAGAAGACCGCCCCCUACACGGCCAGCAGAACGGAGUGGCUGGGCGGCUCAUUCGGCAACCGGAGGAGAAGGGCACGGAGCUACAAGCACGUCCCCAAGCAGAGGAGACGGAAGUUGGAACCAGUGAGCGAGCAUUGUGUGUUCGUGGGGUAUGAGGCGGACUUCAAAGCGUACCGGGUGCUCCGAGAGAAGGACGAAAGGAUCAUGAUUUCCCGGAAUGUCAUUUUUGACGAAGCCGCGGAGGACAACGGGGUGUAG